ACUUGUCUUCCGGCCCUAUGGUCGAGGUGAGAGGUGAACAAUCAACUAGCGCAUCAGCUUAUUGCGUUCCUUGGUUCUGCGAGCCUUGUAUGAACGACAGUAGUUCGGCGUGUUAAGUGACGGAAGCCUUCAUAUUCUCCAGAGCCGCGGUCAUCGGCGCGCGGGAGUUUGUGCGAUACGCGCACAUUUCAGAUAUCUUACAGUUGGUCGAUUAUGAGCCGGACGGUAUCACCGCCACCUUCCAAACGCCGGAAGACAAGCGUCUCCAGCGCCGCUCCAUUGGAGGAUCUACAACUCUUCAGAAUAUACAGUCACAAUGUGAAUGGCAUUCAGCCAUAUCUGCAGCGCUCGAUCACAUCCUUCUUCCAAUAUAGUGCUCACAAUCCAGAACCACGUGCUCAUGCGCAUGCGUCGUUACGAGACUUUCUUCGUCGGCAUCACUGGCCAGAACUGCUCUUUCUGCAAGAAGUGAAGAUCAACCCAGAUGACAUAGCAACCAUACGAGCAUUUGAAAGAUCAGUCCGGCCCAAUAUUGACGAUGCUGGCGCGCCUGACUAUGUAACCUUUACCUGCUUACCUAGUGACAAGUUUAACGCUCGAGGUUUCGGGAGGAAGGUUUACGGUGUGGCGAGCAUCAUUCGGAAGGACUUCCAUGACCAGUACGUGGAGCGUGUCCGUCAUGUGGACUGGGAUUUGGAAGGUCGCUUCCUUGUGAUCGAAACAAAGCCGAUUCGCAACAUACUGAGACUGGCAAUAUUCAACGUGUAUGCUGUCAACGGGACCGACAACCCCUACAAAGAUCCCAUGACGGGAGAAGUAUGCGGAACUCGGCAUGAUCGUAAGCUCAAAGUCCACAGUCUUCUUCAAUCUGAAUGCCGCAAGCUUGAGCGUAGAGGCUUCCGCAUCAUCAUUGCGGGUGAUCUCAACAUUGCUCGGCAUCGCAUCGAUGGCCAUCCUAAUCUCAGGACGUUUCCUUACCAACACUGCCUAAAUCGGGCAGACUUCGAAGCCCGUUUCUUCGGCCACAGCAUAGCCGAGCAUUCGGACACAGAGACCACUAGGUCCCAAGUCGAUAUCAAGGAUGUCUCAAACCCUAGCGCUGUGAUUGAAGAGACCGGAAGCAGUCUAGGUAUGGUAGAUACCUUCAGGUACCUGCAUCCGCAUCAGAAAGGCUACACCUACUAUUCUCGAGCCCGGCCCUUUGGCGAAAGCUGCGACAGAGUCGACAUGAUCAUUGUUUCUUCGUCGCUUAAGCCGUAUUUAAGGGACGCUGGCAUGCUAGCAACACCUGCUGAGAGAGGGCCAAGUGACCAUGUUCCCUUGUACGCUGGAUUGGACUUCGGCAGGUCGCUAGAGUGGCUCAUGAGAAAACAUAGCCAGUCGAACAUACAUCAAUAAGUCACUUGACGCGGGCACUUACCGACCAUCAUUCACGCCUGGCUUCUUCAAUCUAUACCGACAGUUAGCACCUGUAGAAACUGAGUACAAGACGAUCCCUUCAGUCCGCUUCUUGCACAACGCGUGGGCAAAACCAGCCAUCUGUGAUCGAAGACGGCGCUUUG